GAAAUAUUGUGUGUUGUCAACAUUCAACAUGACUGCGCAUCGUCUGGAGCAAACUGUGGCAUCCGGAAUGUGCAAGAGCGGCAGGAGCACAUCAUCACAAUGAGACUCCAGCAGCUCGUUUAUCAUGCACCUACUAACACCUACUUCCUCAAUACCCACGCGCUUCACAAUUACCAACACAUCUCAGCUCUACUUCCACCGGAUAUACGCGCCCAGAUCAGCAUGCCAUGUAUAUCGGAUCACCAGGCUGUACGUCUCCAUGCUGCAGCACUCGUGCGCCAAAAGAAGGCAUCGGACAGUGCUAAUCCCAUCGACCCAGAGAAAGCGAGGGAGAAUGACCCACCCCUGGCCUUUGAUCAUAGCGCAAGCAAAGCCACGUGA